AUGCCCGGCCGGGAGCCCGGCGCGGCCGCCGGCGGCCGGGGCGCCCCGCCCGUGCGCUCGGCGCUGCUCCGCCGCGACUCGCCCGACGUCGAGAGCCGCCGCCGCCGCCGGCAGCGCCCGCAGCAGGUGCGCUUCCAGGACCCGGUGGAGGGCGGCGCGCCGGGACCCCCCCCGCCGCCCCCGCCCGCCGCCCGCCCCGACACCGCACGUGCCUCGCCGCCCCCCGGGGACCCCCCCGAGCCGGCGGCUCCCGGGGCCUCGGCCGCGCGGCGCAGCCGGCCCCAGGCGCAGCCGCUGCUCCGGCCCCUGCCCCGGCCCCUGCCCCUGCCCCUGCCCGGCAAGGCCUGCACCAGCGCCGCCAGCCAGACCUCCCCCAGCCUCCAGAAGCCCUUCCCGGACCCCCGCGGCCACGACGCGCCCCGGGAGCAGGCGCCGCUCGAAGGUGGCCCGUGCCCGGGGGGCCCCGCCGGAGCCGGCCGCGCUGAGCCCCUGCGGGUGCCCGGCGGCCCCACCGUGCACGGCCGGGACCCGGCGCCGCCCGGGCACCCCUGCGCUCCCCAGCCCGGGCAUCCCUGUGCCCCGCUGCCCGGGCAUCCCUGCGCCCCGCCGCCCAGGGACCCCUGCGCCCCGCCGCCCGGCGCCGUUGGGUGCCCCGCUGCCGGCUGCACCGCCUCCCCCGGUGCCACACGCUGCCCACGGCCCCCCGCCCGGCUCCGCGGGGGCCCCCCGCGCCCGGCCUCGGUGCCCUGCGCCCGGCUGCCCGCCGAGCCGCCCCGCCUGGGCCGCAGCGACUCGGAGCAGAGCCUGCCCCGGCGGGACCCGCGGCGCCAGCAGCCCAUCCCCACCGCCGACCCCCGGGGGCUCCGCCGGCCGGCUCAGGGCUCCUCCCAAAGAGACCCCCCGCACCCGCGCUGCGGCUCGCCGCGGGGGGGGCCCGGCUGCGCCCCGCCAGCCCCCAGCCCCGGCGCCCCGCUGCUGGGGCCGGAGAAGACACCAGCUGCCCCCGACCGCCCGGGCCCCCGCGAGGAGCCACCGGAGCCAGCGGCCGGGCGCUGCGACGCCUGCAGCGGGGCGCAGCCGGGCGGGUGGGCACCGCAGGACCCCCGGCACGCGCAGCCCUGCCUCUCCGCCGCGCAGUCGGCGACGCUGCGCCACGUGCAGGACCUGCUGCAGCUGGUGGCCGCGGCCGAGGGGCAGGCGGCCCCGUCGGCGGGGGACCAGCGCGGCCGGGCGCCGCAGGGCGAGGGGGCCGUGGGGCCGCGGGGGCCCGGCGCCCGGGGGGACCUGCGCUCCCAGCUGCAGUCCCUGGAAGGGGUGCUGGAGACCAGCCAACAGACCAUCCGCGUGCUGCUGGACGUCAUCCAGGACCUGGAGAAGAAGGAGGCGCAGCGGGACGGGCGCCGCUCGUACCGGACGGGGCAGGACAUCGCCAACUGCGGGACCUGCCGCGACUGCGCCUGCAUCAUCUACAGCGUGGAGCACGACUUCCGGCAGCAGGAGGGCCGCUUCCAGCGGGUGCUGAGCGGCAUGGAGAGCGCGGCCAGCCCCGGCUGCCCCGCGGGCGGGCAGGAGCCGGCACCGGCGUCCAAGCUGCCCGCAAAACUGGACUCGAAAAAGUCCCGGCGCAAGUGUUUCUGGUUCCUGUGAGGGUCACCGCUGCCCCGAGGGGGGACACGCCGCGAGGACCCGCCGGCACCGACAGCGACGCCGUCUCCCUUCUCUCCCUCCCUCCCGCCUUAGGGUUCGGGUAGCACCAGCUUUUAUAUUUUUACUGUUCCGUUUAACGUAUGAGAGCCCCCGUGUAAAUAAGAGGCGAGGGGAGCUGCUGUAUUUAAUGAGAAAUCAAUAAAUCCCAGGGUGAUGCUAUUUUUGUUA